CACUGUUGCGCUCUAGAGCUAGUCAGGUUUAGCUAAGCUACAAUUCUUCGGUUAAGAUCUGGAGCUAGGUUAGAUGUAGAUAUAACUAGAAUAUUAUAACUAGUUAGUGGAAAAUUAGUGCACGGAGUGACUCGAGGGAAUGCUGCGAUAUUUUUCUAGAGGAUGUCAUCGAUGUUAAAUAAAAUGUUAAAUAUUUAUUUUUAUCGUUAGCUAGCUAGCUCCAUUAGCUAAUACACCGGUUAGACAUAUGAGCUGACUAGCUCAUGUUGUUUUAUAGAUAAUUAUUAUCCUCUGUUUAUCUGUCUUUAUUCAGUUAAAAAUGGUUUAUUGACCGUUUUCUUGCAAAUUAUUUACUCUUUCUAGCUAAUACUGCGCUUUUAUUAGUCAGUGUGUGCUCAAAGCUUCCGAGUUUGCUAUUGUAGAACAGUAAACAGUAUAUAACGUUUAUAACACAUCUAUAACAUAAUAAUAAGCAUUAAUUUACAUUAGUGUAGGAUAUCUAGUUUGUUAUUUCUCAUCAUCAUGGCUGCAGAACUUCAAGCAAAAUACACCAAACUGGCUCAAGAGUACUCAAAGCUCAGAGCCCAGAAUCAGGUCCUGAAGAAGGCCGUGGUGGACGAGCAAGCCAAUUCCAACUCCCUGAAGGAGGAGGUGAAGCAGCGUGAACAGAGCCUGCGUAAAGCCGAGCAGGAGAUGGACAGCCUGAGCUUCAGGAACCAGCAGCUGGCCAAAAGAGUGGAGCUUCUCCAGGAGGAGCUGCAGGUCAUCGAAGCCAAGAGUAAAAAGGGCAAGAGUAAAGCCGAUUCGCCGUCUCAGCCCAGUUACCAGACGCAGAGUGUGUUUGACGAGGAUCUGCAGAAGAAGAUUCAGGAGAACGAAAGACUUCACAUCCAGUUCUACGAGGCGGACGAGCUGCACCGUCAGCAGGAGGCUCGGCUCCGGACCAGACUGGAGCAGCUGGAGAAAGAUGCCGAGCAGCACCAGGCGGUGGUGGACGGUCUGGCCUCCAAAUACAUGGACACCAUAGAGAAACUACAGAGCGACAAGGCUCGUUUAGAGAUUAAAGUUCAGACACUGGAGAGAGAGGCCAAGGAGUGUCGGCUCAGGACAGAGGAAUGCCAGCAGCAGCUGAGGAAAUAUCAGACAGAGCUGAGCACUCAGCUAAAACACAACAGCAGUGUGAUCCAGGAGAAAGUGCCCUUCAACGACACCAAAUACAGUGACUACAACAGCUUGAACGUUCCCACACACAACCGAAGACAUCAGCUGAAAGCUCGAGACGCAGCAGGACAGGCCGUGGGCUUCGUGCAGGAUCUCGUCUCUGCUCUCCUCAACUUCCACUCCUACACAGAGCAGAGGGUUCACAUUUACCCGCUGGACUCCUCUAUCGAACCUGUCUCACCUCUUAAUCAGAAGUUCUCUCAGUAUCUGCAUGAGAACGCUGCCUAUGUACGCCCCCUGGAGGAGGCCAUGUUGCAGCUGCACCAGAGCAUCACCGAGGACACGGUUACAGUGCUGGAGACGGUGGGGAAACUGCAGGACUUUUCCAAAUCCUUCUCCACGUACACGGGCUUUCUGCAGAAGAUCCUGCCUUAUCAGCUAAAAAGUUUAGAUGAAGAGUGUGAGGUUCCUCUCUGCACAGCGUCUUUGAGCACUAAGAACCGUGAGUUACAGAGCGAUAUGAAGAGGGUGACCGCUGUGUUCGAGAAGCUGCAGAACUACAUCAGUCUCUUGGCCUUACCUGGUUUGCGCUUGGAUGCCAUGCCUCAGAGCAGCUCCAGCGCAGUCUUCACACAGCUUGCUGCAUGUUUACAUGGCCUGCACGAUACCACCAAGGAGCUGUCCAAGCACUACAGUCAGAAGGUGGCUCUUGAGCAGGAGCUGCCAAACAUCACUCAGAAGCUGCGCACCACUAACGAGUGUUUACUCUCCUCUCUGGCCUCUCUCACCAACAACACAAACAAGAUUGCAACUUUCUUCAGCAACAAUCUGGACUUUUUCACCUCCUCAGCUGGGUACGGGCCCAGAGGUGGAAACGGGAGCCUUAACCCCCAGCAGGCACACAGCAUGCUCAGUAACAAAAAACACGCAUCUGACUACAUGCUCGCACUCAGGAGGCCGCGUCCCGAGUCCGUUCCCUACACCGAGGCUCUGUCCAACCGGCGCAUCCUCACCAGCUCCACAGAGAGCAGAGAGGGCCUCAUGCAGCAGGUGCAGCAGAGUCAGGAGAAAAUCGCUCGUCUGGAGCAGGAGAAGGAGCACUGGCUGCUGGAGGCUCAGCUGGGACGAGUACGACUGGAGAAGGAGAACCAGCGCAUCGCUGAGCUGGAGGCCAGACUCUCGGCAGCACUCGGAGACUGCAUCGCUGCACCCACCCACGCCGACUCCCUCUCCACAGGACCAGCCGAGCCAGAAAAAGACGAGAAAACGGCCAGAGAGGCGUCUCAGUGCACCAGUUUGGUUGGAAUUCUGACCAUGACCCCGACUAAUGAGAGUGUCGGAGACGAGGAGUCUCGGGAACACCUGAUCAAAACCCACUACAUGGCGCGAGUGGCCGAGCUGACCACACAGCUGCAGAUGUCCGACAGCAAGGCCGUGCACUUUCACGCCGAGUGCCGAGCGCUGGUCAAACGUCUGGCCAUUGCAGAGAAAUCUCGCGAGGCUCUCACAGAGAAGAUGAAACAAACCAAUCAGAACAUCACGUCCCUGCAGGAUGAACUGAGCACAACCAAGAGGAGCUACGAGGACCAGCUGAGCAUGAUGAGCGAUCAUCUCUGCAGCAUGAAUGAAACCCUGAGCAAACAGCGUGAGGAGAUCGACACACUCAAACUAGGAAACAAGGGAAACUCCAAGAAGAACAAGGGCCGGUAGUUUCAUUUGCAGUCAUUUAGCAUUGGCACGAGUGAAGAAGGAGGUGCUGGGACCAGGCAGAUUUGUCUACACACACACACACACACACACACACACACGACAGACACACAUGAAGACAUGAUGUCCUUCUGUGUUCAGACAUAACUGACCAAACAUUAUUGUGUGAAAAACUGACAUUUCAGCACCGUUCCCCCGCUGCUCUCUUGCCAUCUUUUCCAUGCAGCUAGUGAUUUUUACAAAUUAAAAGACCCAAAGUGUGCACAAGGAUCACACACUGAUCCGUACUGCGAGUAUAACUUCGACUCCACACACUGAUAAACAUUUCAUCACGUGAGCAUCAGUAGAGCCUAAUUACCGUUUGAUUAGUUUCCAUGGUUACAGAGGAUUUUAAAACAUGCACAUCAUUCACAUCAUCCUUAAUGUUACACUAUUACUGUAUAAGAACAUAGGAAAUAACAUUAAAGAUGCAAACACUGACAUUCAGAAGCUUUGGAGUUCCAAGAUACUGAGACUGCACCUUUAACGGAUUUAUACAUUUAACAAAAUCUGUAUUUCUAUAUUGUUCUGCACAAGGCUAAAGGCCGAGUCUCUUAACACGUCGAGUUUUAAGAAAUAUUCUAGAGUUUUCCGCAACCGAAGGAUUUAACCGAAGCUCUGCCGUGAUUGGGCGUUUUUACCGAACCCUGACAUAUUGUUGUGAAUAUUAUUUUUUCUUCCACCAUUAAUCUAUAUGCAGUGACAUGAACUCUGUUAAACACACACCGACGUGCUACAGUCACCACGACAGUGACUUUUAUCGCUCUUAACGUUAAAAUUUUGUGUCGUAGCUCAAUAUCAAAUAUAACUAUACUCUAUUGGCAAAAGUACUGGGACACGCCUCCAAAUCGUUGAGUGUUUUUCAGGGGUUGGGCUCGGCCCCUUAGUUCCAGUGAAAGGAACUCUUAAUGCUUCAGCUUCAUACCAAGACAUUUUGGAUAAUUUCAUGCUCUUUGUGGGAACAGUUUGGGGAUGACCCCUUCCUGUUCCAACAUGACUGUACACCAGUGACCAAAGCAAGGUCCAUAAAGACAUGGAUGAGUGAGUUUGGUGUGGAGGAACUUGACUGGCCUGCACAGAGUCCUGACCUCAACACCUUUGGGAUGGAUUAGAGUAGAGACUGUGAGCCAGGUCAAAAGUGGGAUGUCUGCAAAACUGGGACCUCAAAUUCAUUCCAAAGGUGUUUUAUGGGGUUGAGGUCAGGACUCUGUGAAGUUCCUCCACACCAAACUCACUCAUUUCACUGGAACUACGGGGCCGAGCCCAACAACUGAAUUCAGUGAUCUGGAGGGGUAUCCCAAUACUUUUGGCAACGUGGUGUAUUUUAAAAGGAUGUAUUCUGCAACCUGAGAGAGAGAUCCUCCAUGUUAAAUAUAUGUUAAUCCAGUACAGGAGACUAGUUUGUACCUCAGUAGUACUUCAGCAUGUAGCCAGAGAUUAUAAUCAGUGAUGUAGAGAGCUGUGAAGGUACAAGCUCUCACUGUGAAUGAUAAAUGUUAUAAAUAUGCACUGGGCAGGAGUUUUCUGCAAAAAAAAACAAAACAAAUCGUUAAUGUGAAUAUAUGUCUUGAUUCAUACAUUCAUAUCACGUCUUAUAUGUUUUUGUUCCCUUUUUUUAAAAAUUUUGUCUACCACCAAACUUUUCUACCAUGGUUUUGAUUGUUUCUUUCCAGCGGUGAAAUCAGUGUUGUGUAGGAUUUAAUGUACAGAUAAAUAUCAACCAAGCACUGAGAGAAAAGAUACGAGACAAAACACACACACACACACACACUCCGUUUCAACCCUGAUCAUCUGUGAUUAACGAAUCCUGAACUUUUUCUUUUAUUUUUUAAACAAAUGAUGGUGAGAGUUUACAGAUCCACGUAGUUGCUUCUCUCCAAGUUUACAGUCUGAUCAUUUUAAUCUUCUCCAAUUACUGAUCACGUAAAACCGUGUAAAUGAAACGUCACACCAUAAUAAAACAUGUAUUUCAAUGGUG